AGUACCUCCCCCUAGUUUCGCUUCCUUUUGCCCUGGACUCGAUCAGUCUCUGCCUACCUUCCUUGGCAUCCUCACUACCACCUCUUCACCUGCGAACGACUUUCACGGAUCCGAGCUCGCCCGAACCUCCCUAGAACACAUCGGGAUAUUUCUUCUUAACUAUCGAACUCCCGUUUCCCCACGGGUCGACUUGGUCACUCUGUUUAUCUGUGUACUCAUGCUUACCAACUUGCCGAACCGAAGGAUUUCUCUCUCUUGAGCAUGAGAAGGACCGCCAACUCAUCCACAAUUCAACAUCUAAGAUUGAGCUACCAGCAUGCACACUGGAUACAUAUGCUCCAGCAAAAGUUUUCGGACAGAAAACUAAAGCACCUUGGACCACAUAUUCCGAGCACAGGGGAGAAUCAGUUUUAGGUCUCCACAUAAUGGAGCGAGAAUGAACAGAGAGCGGCUGAAAGAAAAGCAUGAACUGGAGGUUUAUUGAGGUCAUCUGCUUCCUGUUUAUAUGGGACCAUAUAACAGUUCAGUCUUCCCGCCAGGACCUGUCCGCCGCCGAUCAACAUGUCACUAAGCAGUUUGAUUGGCUCAUCUCCGACCGCGGACCUUUCCACCACUCUCGGAGUUACCUCUCCUUUGUGGAAAGAUUCCGCCAAGGAUUUACAACCAGAUAUAAAAUUUAUAGGGAGUUUGCGCGUUGGAAGGUGAGGAACACAGCCAUUGAGAGGAGGGACCUGAUCCGGAACCCUGUGCCGCUCAUGCCAGACUUCCAGCGCAGUGUCCGGUUGCUAGGGCGACGACCCUCCACUCAACAGUUCAUCGACACCAUCAUCAAGAAGUAUGGAACCCACAUCCUCAUAUCCGCCACCUUGGGAGGUGAGGAGGCAUUGACCAUGUACAUGGCCAAGAACAAGCUGGACAGAAAGUUGGUCAACGCCACUCAGAACGUGGAGGCCCUGCACCAGCUGGCCUCCUCCUACUUCAUUGACCGAGAUGGCACCAUGAGGAAACUCCAUGAGAUCCAGAUCUCUACCAAUGCCAUCAAGGUGACAGAGACUCGUACUGGCCCACUGGGAUGCAGCAGCUAUGAUAAUCUGGACUCGGUGAGCUCUGUCCUCCUGCAGAGCCCGGAGAGCAAGCUCCAUCUUCAAGGUCUCCAGGUCAUCUUUCCAGAGUACCUCCAGGAGAAGUUUGUUCAGUCGGCUCUGAGCUACAUCAUGUGUAAUGGGGAGGGGGAGUACAUCUGCCGGAACAGCCAGUGUAUCUGCAUGUGUGCUGACGAGUACCCACAAUGCAACUGUCCUAUCACCGACAUCCAGAUCAUGGAGAACACCCUGCUUGGGCAGGCGGAGUCCUGGGCCACCUCUUACAAGGACUUUGAGAACUCAGAUGAGUUUAAGUCAUUCCUGAAGAGGCUGCCCUCCACCCACUUCCUGCCGGUCAGCAGUGUCCACCUUCUGUGGGGCAGUGACUGGGACCUGCAGGCCCGCUACCGCCUGCUCCAGAGCUCCCUGGAGACCCAGAGGCUCAAGAUCCAGCGCACCGCCCGCAAGCUCUUUGGCCUCAGCAUCCGCUGCCACCACAACCCCAACCACCAGAUGCCUAGGGAGAGGUCUGUGAUGCAGUGGCUGAACAGGGUCCAGUCCUUCCUCUACUGCAAUGAGAACAGUUUCUGGGGGACCUUCCUGGAGAGCCAGAGGAUGUGCGUGUGCCACACGGGUAUCACCCUAUGCCAGCGACCCAUCCCAUGUAUCAUUGGGGGCAACAACAGCUGUGCCAUGUGCAGCCUGGCCAACAUCUCUCAGUGCGGCUCCUGCAACAAGGGGUACAAGCUGUACCGAGGCCGCUGUGAGCCCCAGAACGUGGACUCAGAACGCAGCGAGCAGUUCAUCAGCUUCGAGACCGACCUGGAUUUCCAAGACCUGGAGCUCAAGUACUUGCUCCAGAAGAUGGACGCGCGCCUCUACAUCCACACCACCUUCAUAAGCAACGAGAUCCGCUUGGAGACCUUCUUUGACCCACGGUGGCGCAAGCGCAUGUCCCUGACACUAAAGAGCAACAAGAACCGGAUGGACUACCUCCACAUGAUCAUUGGGCUCUCCAUGAAGAUCUGCCAGAUGCGCAACAGCAGCAUCGACCCCAUGUUCUUUGUUUACGUGAACCCGUUCAGCGGCAGCCACUCAGAGGGUUGGAGCAUGCCCUUCGGCGAGCACGGCUACCCGCGCUGGGAGAAGACGAGGCUGGGGAACUCCCAGUGCUUCAAUUGGACUCUGCUGCUGGGCAACCGGUGGAAGACCUUCUUUGAGACGGUGCACAUCUACCUACGAAGCCGCGCCAAGGUGCCCACUGGGUUACGAAAUGACACGGGCCAGGGUCCCGUGGACCUGUCAGACCCCAACAAGCGCCAGAUCUACAUCAAGAUCUCCGACAUCCAGGUGUUUGGUUACAGCCUGCGCUUCAACGCUGACCUGCUCCGCAGCGCCGUGCAGCAGGUGAACCAGUCGUACACCCAGGGGACCCAGUUUUACUCCUCCUCCUCCGUCAUGCUCUUGUUGCUGGACAUUAGGGAGCGGAUUAAUCGCCUGGCCCCUCCAGUGGCACCCGGGAAACCCCAGCUGGACCUGUUUUCCUGUAUGCUGAAACACAGGCUCAAGCUGAACAACAGCGAGAUGAUCCGGGUCAACCACGCCUUGGACAUGUACAACACAGAGAUACUGAAACAAUCAGAUCACCUAACUACCAAACUCUGCUGAGAUACAGUAAACAAUCAAACAAAAAAGAGCAAACAGACACUACAAAUAUAACUGUUUGGGGAUAUUCCUUUUUAUUUUUUUCCUUUUUGGACCUUUUUGUUCUGCCUUUUGAUGUAUUAUUAAAACUUUGUAAUUGUAAUUGUUAAAAUGAAACUCAAAAAGGCAGUGAUGAAGCCUUUUAGUUGGAUAAAGAAGAAGAUUAAUGAAAAACACUUUAAAAGACUGUACCAUA